AUGAAUAGGUCUCAAGAUCAAAGGUCAAGACCUGCAAAACCACCCACAAUCCAUACUUGUGCUCUCUCUGGUGAUCUUCUUGGACUUCACAAGUUACUUCGGGAGAAUCCUAAUCUUCUCAAUGAGAGAAACCCUGUUAUGGCACAAACACCUCUUCACGUUUCUGCAGGUAACAAUAGGGCUGAGAUAGUUAAAUUUCUUCUUGAGUGGCAAGGAUCAGAGAGAGUUGAGAUAGAGGCUAAGAAUAUGUAUGGAGAAACUCCAUUGCACAUGGCAGCAAAGAAUGGGUGUAGUGAAGCAGCACAGUUACUUCUUGCGCAUGGCGCUUCUGUGGAAGCAAGAGCAAAUAAUGGAAUGACACCCUUACACCUUGCAGUUUGGCACUCAUUAAGAGCAGAAGAUUUCUUAACUGUGAAAACAUUGCUUGAACAUAAUGCAGAUUGCAGUGCUAAGGACAAUGAGGAAAUGACGCCUUUGAAUCAUCUUUCGCAAGGCCCUGGAAAUGAGAAACUUAGGGAACUAUUAAACAAGCAUCUUGAAGAGCAGAGAAAGAGGCGAGCUAUUGAAGCUUGCGGUGAAACCAAAGCUAAGAUGGAUGAACUUGAAAAAGAACUUUCAAAUAUUGUAGGUCUUUAUGAUCUAAAAAUACAACUACGGAAGUGGGCGAAAGGCAUGCUUUUGGAUGAGAGGCGCAGAGCUCUCGGUCUGCAUGUUGGCACUAGACGACCCCCUCAUAUGGCCUUUCUUGGAAAUCCUGGAACAGGUAAAACUAUGGUAGCACGGAUCCUUGGAAGAUUACUUCAUAUGGUGGGAAUUCUACCUACUGAUAAAGUGACAGAAGUUCAACGGACAGAUUUAGUUGGCGAGUUUGUUGGUCAUACUGGUCCGAAAACCAGGAGGAAGAUCCAACAAGCAGAAGGGGGAAUUCUUUUUGUCGACGAAGCUUAUAGACUGAUACCAAUGCAGAAGGCAGACGAUAAGGACUACGGGUUGGAAGCCCUGGAGGAGAUAAUGUCAGUUAUGGACAGUGGAAAAAUCGUAGUAAUAUUUGCAGGGUACAGCGAACCGAUGAAACGAGUAAUAGCUUCCAACGAAGGUUUUUGCAGAAGGGUGACCAAGUUUUUCCAUUUUAUCGAUUUCAGUUCAGAGGAACUAGCAACCAUCCUCCACAUCAAGAUGAACAACUUAGCAGAAGAUAGUUUACUAUUUGGAUUUAAGUUGCAUUCUGAAUGCAGUAUAGAAGCUAUAUCAGCCUUGAUAGAAAGGGAAACAACCGAAAAACAACGAAAGGAAGCGAACGGUGGUUUGGUGGAUACCAUGUUGAUUAAUGCAAGAGAAAGUUUGGACCUAAGACUUAGUUAUGACUGUAUAGAUACAGAAGAACUUCUUACCAUAACAUUGGAAGAUUUAGGAGCAGGUAUUGGCCUAUUAUCACAGUAA